GUGUGCACAUGUAAACUAAACAGCAGCAUUUACUUAGUGACACGCUGUUUGGAAAUGGAGAGAUUUUUCUUCUUGUUUGGACUAGUGCUUCUGGCCACAUCCUACACUAUACCAGUGUCUCUCAAUGUGCAUGAGGUGUAUGAGUAUGGUGAGGAUGAGAACCCUAUCCUCAACUUGGAUUCAGAUGCCAAACUCUUUGAGGGGGACAUUUUGAUUCCUGAGGGGAGGAAUGCCAUGACUGACAAACGAUACAGAUGGAAAUUUCCAAUCCCUUACAUCCUUGGUGAUGAUUUGGACCUAAAUGCCAAAGGCUGCGUCCACCAGGCUUUCGAAAUGUAUCGACUCAAGUCUUGUGUUGACUUCAAGCCUUAUGAGGGAGAGAAGACCUAUAUCAAGUUUGAAAAGAGAGGGGGGUGCUUCUCCAGUGUUGGUGACCAGCAGACUGGUCAGAUCCUGUCUUUGGGACCAGGCUGUGACCACAAAGCUGUAAUUGAGCAUGAACUACUUCAUGCUCUGGGGUUUUACCAUGAGCAGUCCCGCACAGACAGGGAUGACUAUGUGGACAUUUGGCUGGACCAGGUUACACCAGGACUUGAACACAACUUCAACAAAUAUAAUGAUGACUACAUCACGGAUCAAAACACAGCGUAUGACUAUGAGUCCGUCAUGCAUUACAGGCCUUUUUCCUUCAAUAAAAAUGAAUCCAUCCCAACUAUUACCACCAAAAUCCCAGAGUUCUACAACAUAAUUGGCCAGUACCUCGAUUUCAGCAAGAUGGACACCCUUAGGCUCAACCGGAUGUAUAAUUGUUCUGGCCCUCUAACUCUGUUGGAUCAGUGUUCUUUUGAGUAUGCAAGCAUCUGUGGGAUGAUCCAAGGGUAUUCGGAUGAUGCCGACUGGGUCCAUUUAAAAAGCAGUGUGGGUGCAGAGGAUCACACACUCCUGGGAAAGUGCAGAGACGCAGGGUACUAUAUGUACUUCGACACUAAGACUGGAAAGCCUCAGGAAUCUGCUUUGCUGGAAUCCAGAACACUUUACCCCAAGAGGAAGCUUCAGUGUUUGCAGUUCUUCUAUAAAAUGACUGGAAGCACCAAGGACAGGCUAGUGAUAUGGGUCAAAAUGGACGAUGGCACUGGCACUGUCCGCAGGAUGAAGAAAAUACACACAUUUUAUGCUGAUUCUGACCACACAUGGAAAAUUGCCCAUGUCCCAAUGGAAGUAGGGGUUAAAUUCCGCUAUGCUUUCCAAGCCAUGCGUGGUGACCCCUCUGCCUCAGCUGGUGGCAUUUACAUAGAUGACAUCAGCCUGACCGAAACGAGAUGCCCCAAUUCUGUGUGGACAGUCCAUAAUUUCUCCAAGAUCAUGGAAACGGCCAACGUCAAUACAGUUAUUGACAGCCCUCGUUUCUACAGUCCUGAAGGCUACGCUUACGGUGUUCGCGUCAAGCCUUUGUCAGGUUACGUGGACUACACAGGAAACUACACAGGGCUGUACUUCCACCUAGCCAGUGGGGAUAAUGACAUAGUGAUGCAGUGGCCAGCUGUAAACAGACAGGCCACCCUAGUGGUGAUGGACCAAGACCCAGACAUUUUGUUGAGGAUGUCUACUGCUCGCAGUCUCACAACUGACAUGAGUACAACUUCAGAAGGCAAGUUGCUCUGGGACAAUCCAUCCAAGGUGGGAAAGUAUGACCCCUCUUGUGAUUGCUACAGAGGUGAAUCAUGGGGUUGGAGGAACUUUGUCAAACACUUUGACCUCAGACGGCGCAAUUACCUGAAGAAUGAUGACCUCAUCAUCUUCAUUGAUUUUGAGGAUAUAACAUCACUCAUCAAAACAGAAGUUCCCAUUAUGCCAAAUGGUCAGCAACAAUACUCGGGAACCAUAGAAAUGUGUCUGAAGAACAUGGGUUCUGGAGGCGCUUUGCGGAAAACUGCCGUGCUGAUUGGAGUCUUUGUGGUUUUGAAGGUGCAAGCUGCUCCAACACCUCACGAUGAUGCUGAUGCAGGCGAAUUGAGAGAUGACAUACUUGAGAUCAACAGAGGAUUAAAUCACCUGUUUGAGGGCGACAUCGCUGGAAAUCCAAACAGAAAUGCAAUCCUUGAUGAAACAAGAAGAUGGAAGUUUCCCAUACCCUACAUUUUAACUGAUUCUUUAGAGCUGAAUGCUAAGGGUGUGAUCCUCCAGGCCUUUGAGGAGUACCGCUUGAGAUCCUGUGUGGACUUCAAGCCCUAUGAAGGAGAGACCAGCUACAUUUCUUUCACUAAGCUCUCUGGAUGCUGGUCAUAUGUUGGCGAUGAUAAAAUAGGCCAGAAUGUGUCCAUUGGAGCCAGGUGUGACACCAAGGCUAUUGUGGAGCAUGAGCUCCUCCACGCUUUGGGCUUCUACCAUGAGCAGUCUCGUUCAGACAGAGAUGACUAUGUUCAAAUCUGGUGGGACCAAAUUGAAGAAGGGAAGGAGCAUAAUUUCAACAAAUAUGAGGAUGACUUCAUCACUGACCUGAACACACCAUAUGAUUAUGAGUCCAUCAUGCACUACAGACCGUUCUCCUUUAACAAGAAUGAAAGCAUCCCCACAAUCACCACCACUAUACCGUUCUUCAAUGAUGUUAUAGGCCAGCGGCUGGACUUCAGUGCAAUAGACAUCACCAGGCUCAACCGCAUGUAUGACUGUGCAAACACACACAUUCUCCUGGAUCAGUGCUCCUUUGAGCUGGUAAACAUCUGUGGAAUGAUUCAGAAUGAGGGGGACAAUGCAGACUGGAUCCAGACGCUCAGCAGUCCAGUGGAUGUAGAUCACACACUGGCAGGGCGAUGCAGAGAUGCUGGUUACUUCAUGAAGUUUGACACAUCUGCCGGCACAGUUGGCAGCAGCGCCUUGCUGGAGUCACGUAUCCUCUACCCGAAAAGAGAUGAACAGUGCCUGGAGUUCUUUUAUAAGAUGACUGGAGCAGCUGGUGACAAGCUGGUGAUAUGGAUUAAGACUGAUGAUGGGACGGGGAAUCUACAGAGUGUCAAAAAGAUCCACACCAUUACUGGUGAUGGGGAUGAUGCCUGGAAAAUAGCCCAUGUGUCGCUUAAGAUGACAGAAAAGUUCCGCUACAUCUUCCAAGGAAUCAGAGGAUCAUCCAGCUCCUCUGGCGCCAUCUUAAUUGAUGACGUCACUGUUACUGAGACCGUUUGCCCCAAUGCUGUAUGGCAUAUCCACAACUUCACUGGUGUACUCGCCACCACUCCCACUGGCACUUCGCUUAAAAGCAGAUGCUUCUAUAACUCUGAGGGUUACUCCUUUGGCAUCAGUGUUUACCCAAACAGAAGAGAAAGUGCUGACCCUGACUAUGUUGGCAUUAUGUUUCACCUCUGCAGUGGGGAAAAUGAUGCUGUGUUGCAGUGGCCAGUUGAAAACAGGCAGGUAACCGUUGUUGCCAUGGACCAGGAUCCAGAUGUUACAAUAAGGAUGUCUUCUACAAGAAGCUUCACCACAGACAAUAAUCCCCAGUGGAACAAACCAACAGCCACAUCAGGAGCAGUGUGGGAUGAAAGCUGCCGCUGUUACCGCAGUGAAGACUAUGGCUGGAGCACGUUCAUAUCUCACAACCAUCUGAAGAGAAGAAGCUUCCUGAAGAAUGAUGACCUCAUCCUUACUGCUGAUUUCAAUGAUUUGACCCAUCUGAUCAAGACCGAGGUGCCUGUUAAACAGACAGUUCAUAGCAGCGACAUCACAGAUGAAAAUGUGGAAAUGAGACAAGAGUCUCAGAAGCACAGAGAACCACGUUCUGCCAACCCCUGCCUCCAUAACCCGUGUCUUAACGGAGGUGUAUGUGUGGAGACCAUGGCCAGCUCCCACACCAUAGUAAAGUUGGCGGAUGACACUGUGGUGGUUUGCUGCAUCAACAACAAUGAUGAGCGGGUGUAUAGAGAGGAGGUAGAGAAACUGGCACAGUGUGCAACAAGCCAGGCCACCUACUACGCAGGUCAGUGGUGUGAAAAAGUGAAGAUAGACCGAGGCAUCCUGGGAGCUCUGAUUGGUGGAGCAACAGGAACUGUAGUCCUGACACUGGCUAUUUUCACUGUCAUCAGGAGAGCGCAAGCAAACACAUUUUAA